CAACGCUCCUCUCUCGACGAUUCUAAGCUGUCUGCACGUUUCCGCAACCUACCACGCCUCUCACCGAAAAAGGCCCAUCAUGGCCACUAAAGAACCUCCCCUCGACGAGGUGCAAUGGCGCGCGCCGCCCAUUGCACACCACUUCCAGGGCAUCCACUCCAACUCGGUGCUCUUCUACUUCGCCGAGUCGCCCUUCUUCGACCGCCAGUCGAACAACGGAAUCUACGUCCAUCAGGCGCAGUUUAACCCGCAGAUGGCCGAGAAGAUGCUCACCCGGGAGCAAUUCGAGGGGGUCCUGAGCCAGAUUCCCAACGGCGUCGAGUUCCGCGUGGCCCAAGCUCCCGCCGACAUGGUCAACGGCACUGGUGUCUGGGUCAUUGUCAAGCAGGAGAAGGAACGCGGUGUUGGAAUUACGCCCCUUGCACACUACUUUGUUGUCGGGGAGAACGUCUAUCAAGCACCGACCUUUGCUGACAUUAUGAGCUCGAGAGUGGAAUCCAUCGCCGAGAAUAUGAGGAAAGUGCUCCCUGCCAUCGACAGCGUCCGAAGAUGGUCGCCCUCCCUAGGCCAUUCCUACGAGCAACCCCCCGCACCGGCGAGCGAUAUGAACCGCACGGGGCACGGAUCGACCACGAAAGACAACACCACACCUGCCGCUGGAGGCGCCAACACCACCAGCAGCAAGCCCAACGGAACAUCGCCCUUCGCGACGAAGCGCGACCGAACCGCCCUCGACCGGCUAGCCGAAGAGUCCUUCGCCAUCCACAUGCGGCACGGCGGCGACUACAUCGACGAGAACCCCAUCACGGGACGGCCCGGCGAGUUCCACCUCUCGUCCACGGGGCGCAAGGACAAGACCGCGGCGGCCGCGCCACCUCCCCCCGCGGCGACGACGCAACAACCGCCGAAGCCGACGCUGCUGACCAAAAUCGCCGAGGAGACCAAAAAGGAGGCCAAGCAGGACAAGAGCCCCAAGACGCCCGGGGCGCCGAAGCCUAAGAGGAAGAAGAGCAAGAUGAGCUCGGCUGCGGGAGGUGGUGGUGGCGGUGGUGGUGUUAGUGCUGCGGCUACUCCUCUUGGCGGCAGUGCUGCGACCACACCUGCGCCUUCGUGAGGUCUUUGCCUCUGGUUUGAUUUUCCCUUUGGAGGCGGUGUUCCCGGGUUAGAACGUGACCACAGGAUAUGGAUGGACUGGUUGGGGGCGUUGGCUGCUUUUUUUGAUGAUACCCUUAGUUUGCGUUCGACGUAUAUGAAGUAAUUCCCACAAUAUUACAGG